GUUGGCAUACGACGACCGUUCGGCACCAGUUUUCGCCCCCCUCCCUCCUCGUAACCAGCACGAAGGCACAUAGUAUCAGUUAGUGUUAUACUAUGCAAACUUCUAGAAUAUUCUUUCUAGCCAUUGCUAUUACUAUUCUAACCUUAUCCUACGCUAUAGUCGAGGACAACGCAGAAUUUCUAUUUGAGAACGCUAAAAUAUGUGGAGACCCGUUCUCUGACCCAAUAUGGAUUCCAACGCUGGAUUUAUGCACAAUACAAUGCGACUCAAACAGUGAGUACUGUGUCGAGAAUGAGGAUCUACAGCAGCAGUGCAAAAAGAUGCCCGAUGAAUGUCAGAAACUACUGCAAGAGAAGAAGAGAAAAAGAACACUGCAUUCAAAUUGAUCCUUUUUCCUUCAUAGAUUUUCUUCUGCA